UCUCAACCGUAUUUUCAAAUUCAUCUUGCAUCUCUCUCUCUCUCUCCUCUCUCUGUGUAUCAUAUCUGCAGAGUCCAAAAUGCCGCAGGGAACGCUUGAAGUUGUUCUUAUCGACGCCAAUGGUUUGGAGAAAACAGAUUUUUUAUCCAGCACAGAUGCUUAUGCCAUAAUCAAAUGCCAAGAUCAAGAGAAAACGAGCAAAGUUGCAUCAGUUGAACGAUCGUCCCCCACGUGGAACGAGACCUUCAUGUUUGCCAUCUCUAGGGAUGUUAAGGAACUAAAGAUCAGGAUAAUGGAUAAAGACACUCUUAGUGCUGAUGACAUUGUUGGUGAAGUGACAAUUCCUCUUGGGCCGGUGUUUGAAUCGGAAAGAGUGCCAUCAACUAUGUACAAUGUAGUCAAAGACGGGACAUUAUGUGGAGGGAUAAAUGUCAGCCUCAAGUUCAAUCAACAGACAACACGGAGCAGGGGAUUUUCAAAUGAGGAUCUGGGAGGGUGGAAGUCAUCAUCAGCAAUGGAUUGAUUUGUUCGACGAUGCGAAGUUUCUGUUUCUACCGCUUGAAAGAUCCUUGUAUUUGAAUUUCAUUGUAGCAAGUAGCAACUGCAUUGUUUUUAGAUUUUUUUUUAUCAGACCUCAGA